CUUUAGAGAACGACUACGGAAUACCAUGUUGAAAUGUGUCAAUUUACUUCCAAGACAUGCUGGAAAUAAAUUAUUUGUAUUCAGACUUUUGACGAGACCCAAACAUACCAGCGUGCAUCAAAAUAAUAAAACUCCACCCUUUUUCUCUUCCACCGAACCCACCAGUGCAAUUUUAACCGAACUUGUGUAUGGACGCAAACGAAUUUAUACCAGCUUACAAAGUAUUGGAAAAUCCAAAUCCUCUACUGCUUCUCGGAGUUGUAUCGCUUCACCUGUCACUUCGUCUCCGCUUUCUUGGGAAUGGGAUCAACCUGCUGAAGAUAUCCAUGGUAAUAGACCCAAAAAAGAAUGGUAUCAGUUGAAAAGAAAUAAAGGCGGUGCAAGUUUUGUUAAUUCUGCGAAACAGAAUAUGAGAGAGAUGUUUCUACCUGUUGGGUAAACCAAAAAUAAUAAUGUUUUUUUGACAGUUUAACACAUUUUGGAUUAUACUAAAACUCAACAAUGCAGAUACCCAGAUACAGUGCAUGAC